AUGGAACCAGAAAACCAAACAUAUGUGUCGGGAUUUCUCCUACUGGGAAUUUCUGAGAAGGAAGAGCAGCAGAUGCCCCUCUUUGGGCUCUUCCUGGUCAUGUACUUGGUCACUGUGUUUGGGAAUGUUCUCAUCAUGCUGGCCAUUGGUUCAGACUCCCACCUCCACACUCCAAUGUACUUCUUUCUCUCCAAUUUGUCCCUGGUAGAUCUCUGUCUAGUUACUACCUUGGUCCCCAACAUGCUGGUGAACAUGCUAACACACAAUAAGGCCAUUUCAUAUGUUGGAUGCUUUGCUCAGAUGUACUUCUUUAUGAUUUUUGCUUGUUCAGACAAUUUACUCCUUACUGUGAUGGCCUAUGACCGCUUUGUAGCCAUCUGUCACCCUCUACACUAUGUCACUCUGAUGAGUCCACGGAUUUGUAGUCUCUUGAUUCUGAUCUCAUGGACCAUAAGUAUUCUAAACUCCAUUUUCCAAAUUCUAAUGAUGAUGAGGCUGUCCUUCUGCACAGAACGUGAAAUUUCCCACUUUUUCUGUGAUCUUAGUGAAGUUAUGAAGGUUUCUUGUUCUGACACCCUCAUUAAUACGAUAGUAAUAUAUUUUGCAACUGGUCUCCUGGGUAUUUUGCCCCUCACAGGGAUCCUUUUCUCUUAUUCUCAGAUCUGCUCCUCAAUAUUAAAAGUACCAUCACCUGGGGGGAAAUAUAAAGCCUUUUCUACCUGUGGGUCUCACCUCUCUGUUGUUUCAUUAUUCUAUGGGACAGGUCUUGGAGUAUAUCUGAGUUCUGCAACUACCCAUUCCUCCAGGAGUAUCUCAAUUGCCUCAGUGAUGUAUUCUGUGGUAACCCCCAUGCUGAACCCCUUCAUUUAUAGCCUGAGAAACAAGGAUAUAAAGGAUGCCCUGAAGAGGAUCAUUAGCAGAACAGCAUCCUCUUAG